AAGGAAAAGCAGAGUGAGAAAUCCGCGCACACCAAAGGUUGCUACUGAAAAAAGCGAGGAGAGAGAAAGGGGUAGAGAGAGAAAGUUAUCGGAUUUCAGAGCUCUAUUCGCCGGAAUUUGGGAACUCUGUUCACGUCCGGUGAAGAUUUCCCAAAUUCCUAGCCCAUAGAAUUAGGGUUUGGGGGAUGAAGUCACGAGUGCUUGCAGUUGAAGCUAGUGGUUUGCGAAGUUGAGGCUGCGAUCUGUGGUUUUCGAAUUCUUACGCGGUCAAUUUGCGGGGAAUUGGUCUGAUGUCUACGCCCACGAGGAAGUUGUGGUCGGGGUGGUCGCUCACCCCGAGGAAGAGCGAGGAGAAGGGGAAAGGCCUGGACUUCGUGGAAAAUUCCAGGAAAUGUUUGGAUGGUGAAGAAAGUGGAUCUGUUAACUUACAGGAGAAGGUGGCGAAGCUCGAAACGGAGCUCUUUGAGUACCAAUAUAAUAUGGGUCUGCUAUUAAUCGAGAAGAAGGAAUGGACUACCAAGCACGAAGAAGUCAAGCAUGCUUUAGAAGAAGCAAAUGAUCUCUACAAAAGAGAACGAGAAGCCAAUUCUAUUGCAAUAUCUGAAGCUGAGAAGCGAGAAGACAGUUUAAGGAAGGCGUUGGGUGUUGAGAAACAAUGUGUGCUUGACCUAGAGAAGGCUUUGCGUGAGAUGCGCUCAGAAUAUGCAGAAAUUAAGUUCACAGCUGAUUCGAAAUUGGCUGAGGCAAAUGCUCUAGUGACGAGUGUUGAAGAGAAAUCUUUAGAGGUAGAAGCCAAACUGCAUGCAGCUGAUGCCAAGCUUGCUGAAGCUAGUAGAAAGAGUUCAGAAGUUGAGAGGAAACUACACGAGCUAAAGACUCAAGAAAAUGCACUUCGAAGAGAAAGAUCCUCUUUCAACGUCGAGCGUGAAUCCCAUGAGAGCACUUUGUCUAAGCAACGGGAAGACUUGCGAGAAUGGGAAAGAAAACUACAAGAGGGUGAAGAGAGGCUUGCUGAUGGCAGGAGGUUGCUUAACCAAAGAGAGCAGAGAGCAAAUGAGGCGGAUAAGAUUAUGACACAGAAGCAGACUGAACUUGAAGCUUCUCAAAGGAAAAUUGACACAGCUAACUCAGUUUUGAAUGAGAAAGAAGAGGACAUUAGCCGCCGGCUGGCAGGCCUUAGUCUCAAGGAGAAGGAAAUUGAUGAAAUGAGAAAGAGCUUAGAUCUAAAAGAGAAAAAGUUACAUGAACUAGAGGAAAAACUUAAUGCUAGAGAAAGAGAGGAGAUUCAGAAGCUUGUAGAUGAACACAGGGCGACCCUUGAUGCCAAAGAAGAAGAAUUCAAACUGGAAAUGAAGCAGAGGAGGGAAUCCCAGGAUGAAGAAUUGAAAAGCAAGGUGAUUGAACUUGAAAAGAAGGAAGCUGAAAUUUAUCACAUGGAGGAAAAAGUCAAGAAACGGGAACAGGCACUUGAAAAGAAAUCAGAGAAAGUAAAAGAGAAAGAAAAGGAUCUUGAAUCAAAAUUAAAAGCUAUGAAGGAAAGGGAAAAGUCUGUAAAACUUGAGGAGAAAAACUUGGCGAACGAGAGGAAGCAAAUCCUUUCUGACAAGGAUGAAUUAAUUGCCCUUCAGGCUGAACUUGAGAAUGUAAGGGCCGACAUUGAAAAAAGCCAAUUAAAGCUAAAUGAAGAUCGAGAACAGCUUAAAGUAACAGAAGCUGAGAGAUUGGAACUCACUCGCCUGCAAUCAGAGUUGAAGCAGGAAACAGACAAGUGCAGACUCCAGCAAGACUUGCUUUUGAAGGAAACUGAGGAUUUGAAAAAGGAAAGAGAGAAAUUUGAGAAAGAAUGGGAUGGGUUAGAUGAGAAAAGAGCUGAGAUUAAGAAAGAAUUAGAGGAACUUAAUGAACAAAGAAGGAGCUUUGAAAAGCUAAAGCGCUCUGAAGAGGAAAGGAUGAACAAGGAGAAAAUUGAAACAGAAUAUUAUGUUAACAGGGAGUUGGAAGCACUUAAAGUGGCAAGAGAAUCAUUCUCGGCUAGUAUGGAUCAUGAGAAAUCAGUUUUAGAUGAAAAACUUCAAAAUGAGAGAAGCCAAUUGCUUCAUGAUUUUGAGCUACGUAAAAGCAAACUUGAGGUUGAUAUGCAGAAGAAGCAGGAAGAGAUGGAGUCUGGGUUGCUUGAGAGAGAGAAACUAUUUGAGGACCAUAGGGAGAGAGAACUAAAUAAUAUUAACUACUUGAGGGAAGUGGCCCGAAGAGAUAUGGAAGAGCUGAAAGUGGAAAGAUCUCGACUUCAGAAAGAGAAACAGGAAAUCUCCGCAAAUAAGGAACAUCUUGAAGAACAGCAGCUAGAGAUGCGAAGAGACAUCGAUGCACUAGUUGCCUUGAGUAGUAAAUUAAAGGCUCAGAGGGUAACAUUUCUCAAGGAAAGGGAACAGUUCGUGGAAUUUAUCAAAAAGCAAGAAAAUUGCACCUCCUGUGGAAAGAGUAUUGGUGAAUUUGAGCUUUCUGGUCUUCAGUCUUUGACUGAGGUGGAUAAUUUUGAGGCCCCUCCGCUGCCUACUGUUGCCCAAGAUUUUUUGAGAGAGAAUAUCCAAGGGACUUCUGAAAGGCCUGGCAACGAGUUGUCCCCUGGCAUUGUCAAUUCUGGAGUUUCAGUCUCUGGUGGUGGGACCAUGUCAUGGCUUCGGAAAUGUACAUCAAAGAUUCUCAAGUUUUCACCAGGCAAGAAAAUCGAACCUACCGAUCUUCAAGAUAUGAUAGAUGGAUCAGCCCUGCCAGAGAAUUCUGUUAAGGAAACACCAAAUGCAUCAUUACUGCACAGAGAAAUACAACAAGAUAUGUCUCUGUUCAAGGGUGAUGCUUCUGAAGAUCCGAUACUUGAACUUGACAACAGCACAAGAGAGGUGGAAACUGGCAAAGAUAUUGUGGAAGACUCUGAGAAUUCUAAUGUGAAAAUUGGCCAGCGUAGACCUGUGAAAAGAGGGGGUGUCCCUAGAGGUAGGAAAACCAGUUCUGGUAAGGCCAAUGGGAGUGUUGAGAUCUCCAUUAAUACCAACGAGGAAAGUGAGAAGGAAUCUGGUCUUCUAGGUACAGGGAUUAAUAGAAACUCCAGAAAACGAAGUCGUGCGCACACAUCACAAGGAACAGCAAGUGAGCAAGGAGAUGAUUAUAGUGAAGGAAAUUCAGACAGUGUGACGGGUGGUAGUCGUAGGAAGAGAAGACAAAAGGCUGCCCCGCUUAUUCAGAAUCCUGGUCAAAGUAGAUACAAUCUUCGUCGACCAAAAAGUGCUGCUGUAGCCACAACCAAUGGAUCUUUAUCUCAUAAUGCCUCAAGAAUACAAGAAACACGGCAUUCCAAGGUUGCACAGACAAGUCCUGUAGAGAUUAUUGAUGGGGAGGUACAAAGUGUUGAGGUUGUUCAUCAGACUGUAGUAGAGACACCGAUUGAGAUCAAGGAUGCAGCAGCAGAUAAACAGGACAGCAAUGCUGAGAUGGCAAAUAAUUUGGUAGAUACUGGUUUCAGUGAAGAGGUGAACGAAACACCUGAAGUUCCCAAGGAAGACUAUGAUGUUGAUCAGGGGUACAGAACUGAUGAAGACCAUGGAAUAGGCGACAACGACGAGGAUGAUGAAGAUGAAGAGGCUGAGCAUCCUGGUGAAGUCUCAAUAGGGAAGAAGAUCUGGACUUUUAUCACCACAUAAGAAAUCUGAAAUACGACACUCGGCUUUUACUACAUCUAGAUAAUGUCAGAUUUUUUUAUGUGGAAGGAGAGCAGGAGUUGCUAUUCCUUUUGCUGAGGAUUUUAGAGUUAUCUGUCUGGUGUGUGGUAGUGCUUGUAUUUUGUUGUAGUUAAUCAGAAGCUGAUUAAGGUGGCUUAAUGUAAUUGUGUCUUUUAGUGUUUGUUUUGUUAUUUAUUAGGAGUUAUUAUUGUUAGGCUUUCUUCAUAUUGUUUCCACAUUAGCAUUGUUGAUAAUUCUCGACCAGUGCAGCAUUGCCAAACUGGAUCUUUGACUUUUCUAUUACUUCAAAUAGUUGUCACUCUUGAACUGUGUAUGAUAGCUAGUAGUUCUUGGUC